AUGGGACUGAUUCUCUGGAUUGCCGAACACGAGUGGGGGAUUGAGGGUUUGUUGGCAUACGUCGAUGACGUUUUCGGAGUAGAGGACGAGGAGGAGUUAGAGUGGUAUGAGCCGUACGGAGAGUUUUACCCUCGGAAACAGGCUAGGCUGCUUUGCCUUUGGGAUUAUAUUGGCGUGCCUCACGAGAAGCGCAAGCAGCUAAAUGGACGUGCCCUGAAGAUCAUUGGUUUCCGCGUCGAUCUUGACGAUCUUUCAAUCUCGAUCGAGAAGGACUCGCGCCGUCUCCAUGCCACGGCCAUUCGGGACUUCCUCGCAGUGCGUCAUCGGCCCCUGGUGGAGUGGCAGCGUAUUCUCGGCUGGGCCAAUUGGUUUUUGAACGUGGAUCCCCUUCUCCGGCCCGGACUCCAGUCUGCGUACGCGAAGAUUCGAGGGAAGAAUGCCAGGAACGCGCCAGUGUUCCUGAACGUGGCGGUUAGGAAGGAUUUGGGAUGGUUUGCGGAUCAGGUGGUGAGGUCGCGGGGCGUUUUCAUGUUGGAGGUCUCGGAUUGGGGUAUUGGGGAGGCCGACCUCGGAACGUUUCGAUUUCCCUCGCGCCGCGGGCGGAAUUUUCUACUUUGA